CUCUCUCUCUUUCUCUCUAUCUCUCACAAAAACAACUCAUAACUUGUUAUUCAUCAGCACCAUUUUCCUUUCUGGGGCUAAAUGGUUUGCAGGUCUUCAGACAAGCCAAAGCCGAAGCACAGGAAGGGCUUGUGGUCACCUGAGGAAGACCAAAGGCUCAGAAACUAUGUCCUCAAACAUGGUCAUGGCUGUUGGAGCUCCGUCCCCAUUAACGCCGGCCUGCAGAGGAACGGGAAGAGCUGCAGAUUGAGGUGGAUUAAUUACUUGAGACCAGGACUAAAACGAGGCAUGUUUUCUUUACAAGAAGAGGAGACAAUCCUCACCCUCCAUCGCUUGUUAGGCAACAAGUGGUCUCAAAUAGCACAGCAUUUGCCUGGAAGAACAGAUAAUGAGAUAAAGAACUACUGGCAUUCCCAUUUGAAGAAAAAGGUUCUCAAAGCUGAUCAAGGAACAUUGGAGGAGGCAAAUGUACACAACACAAGCUCAGAUAAUUUGGAAUCUAAUAAUUCUCCCGAAAACCUUACAAUGCAAACUCCAAAUUAUGGAUCAUUAUUGAUGAACAUGGAAAAAUCACCAACCAAUACAGAUCAGUCGGUCCCACAGUUGUCUGAUCACUCUCCUAAACAAACAAACAGAAGCUGCUUGCCUAAGCUUAUGUUCGCAGAGUGGCUUUCGCUUGACAGUUUUUCAAGUUUGAGUGAUCCAAUAAUGGCUUCCAAGGGUUUCUUGGAUCAAAACAAUUCUAACUUCCAGGAUAACUUCAUGCAAGGAUGUUUUUCGAAUGAAGGAACAUUUUGUAACGGUGAAUUUCAUAAUUCGCUUAGCGAUGCCUCCGCAGAGGACAUGUUCAGUUCACAGUUCAAAUUUGAAUGCCAGAGCUCAGUAAAUGAUCAGUUUGUUGAUUUUAGCUCUGGAGAGGAUAUAUGUAGUGAAUUCACCGUCAACAACGAUUUGAUGUAUAUAUAUUAGCGCUGAGCUGCAGGGGAAUGUUUUCAGAGCAACUUCAAGAAAGAAUAAUCUCUAAUUGCACUUCAUAUCGCAAUAUAGUUUGAAUAUUUUAAUCAGUGUAAUUAGUGGUUAUUCUUCCAUGGAAAGUUGCUCUUGGAUAAACCAUUAGCUAUUUGUUUUAGAA